AUGAAAGAACCCUGGACAGUCUACCUCCCCUGCUGCUGCUGCUGCAACAAGCGCAGCGCCCACCAACCCCCCAAACCCGACCCCGAACGAGGCCAAUCCUCGUCCUCCACCACCUCCAACAGCCUGGCCGAAAUCUCGCCCGCCGAACGCGCCAUAGACAUCGCCCUCCGCCACAGCUCCGAGCUUCCAGAAGAAGACGCCGCCCGCGAAGCAAACCCACCGCCGAGCUACGAUAGCGUCUUGAAGGACGACGACCGCAGGAAUCCCAAUCCACGACGCGGACCGGCUGAACUGCAUGGCUCUGCGGCGCCGAGGUUCCCGCCGCCGGUCGCGACGGGGAAGGAAGGAUAUCAGCAUUAUCAGCCACCUCAACCGCAGCAACAGCAACAGCCUGCGCCGCCGCAUCAACCACAAGGGAGCGUCUUCUCCGACGAAAACGAAGACGACCUCAUCUUGACGCCGCCCACCACGGCGCCUCCGACGGUCAUGGAUGAGGAUUCCGAAGAUGAGCGCUUCGAUGGGGUGUUCAGAAGGCGGUAG